AUGAAGAUACGCACUCAGAUCUCUUUUCUUCUCUUUGCCCUCCUAGUGAAUGGGCAAAAUGACACACUUGGUCUUAGCAGUGGUUAUACAUCACUAUCAACCGCUAAUUUUGACAUCAAUUUGGUCACGGAUUCGCAAAUUCUUGCCUCGCUGAAACCGAGCGGCAAUGAUUUUGAUUUCUUGCCAUUCGACGAUAUCACCUACCGAGCAGGUAAUGGUCAAUAUCACAAUGGCGACCUUACAUUUCGUUAUCGUACUUCUGGCGCUACUAAAUGGAUAUCAGCCGACUCGUCAACCGCGAGAAAACAGGUCAAGAGCGCCAGGACUGAUCGUCUUGCCGCUGCAGACCUUUCGCCUACAUUGCCAUCAAAUUCACCAAUUCGUGUGGUCCGAACUUGGUCGGAUAUCGAUGGAGACUUGGGACUGGCAUUCACUCUCACAAACACGGCCAAACAGACUGUAGAGAUAGGCAGUCUCGGAUUUCCCACGGAGUUCAACAGUAUCUUCACGAAUCGCGCUGCGGAGGACAUGGCUGCGAAGUGCUCUCUAACGGAUCCUUACAUUGGCAUGGAUGCUGGUUAUCUCCAAGUUACUCCAACAUCCGGCACAGGAGCGGCACUGAUUGUAACUCCUCUAGUCAACACCAGCACGCCAUUUGAAGCGUGGAGAAAUUUGGAUGAGCCCAACACUGACCCUCUUUUCUACGGAAGUCAGACUUUUGAAGGGUUCUAUGAAUGGCAGACUCAUAGCAAGGCCUAUGCCCAAAAUGAAUGGUCUGGCAUCACGCCUUGGAAUGAACCAAGCUCCGAGACGCUCAAGUCUGGCCAGUCGGUUACGUAUGGCCUGCGAUUCUCCAUCGUUAAAGAGGGCAUACGCGGUAUUCAAAAGGCUGUUCAAUCAACCAAUACACCUGUAACUAUCGGUAUUCCAGGCUACGUCGUUCCUGUUGACCUGACUGCCAAACUUUACCUGUUUCAUGGGACCAUCUCAAAGGUCGUAUCCGACAACAACGCAUUCAAGAUUUCGCAAGACUCAAAAGACACGCUCACGCUGACUCCAACUGGAUCGGUCUGGGGUCCCAACAAGGUGGUUAUCAAAUAUACAGAUGGCAAGGUUCAAACGGUGCACUAUUUCAUCACCGACUCUGCACCAACAGUCAUCAGCAAACUCGGAGACUUCUCAACCACGUCCAUGUGGUUUGACGAUGCCUCAGAUCCUUUCGGCCGCGCACCCUCAGUCAUCACCUGGGAUCACUCAACCGGGGCACAAGUCUUACAAGACCCGCGAGUCUGGAUCUCCGGACUUAGUGACGAAGGCGGCGUGAUCUACCUAGCGACUGCAAUGAAACAAUUCGGUCUGAGCAACGCCGCGGAAAUUACGAAGCUGGAAAAUUUCGCCAAAGACGUGCUUUCAAAGACGAUUCAGAAUCCUGAUUUCACCGUUCGCAAGAGUAUCUUCUUCUAUGAGCCCGAUCAAGUGCCCGGGUACCAGUAUAAUCAGUCUAUCGACUGGGGUAGCUGGUGGUCGUGGAAUAAGAAUGCAUCAUAUGCGACAGACCGUGCGUACGAUUAUAUCCAUGUGAUCGGGGCAUAUUGGGCACUUUAUCGUGCUGGACGAGCGGAUGAGUCGCUUCUCAGCGUCAAUACAUGGCAGUGGUACCUUGGUCAGGCAUAUAAUACUACGAUCACCUGCUUUGCGACAGACUCCAAUGGGAAUGGAUUGGUCGGGUACUCGCGGGUGGGGCUAAUGGGGGAGACUGUGGUGGGAGAGCUACUGGCUGAUCUUCAGCGUGAGAACUGGACCAACGAAGCCGAUGCUGUAGAAGCUGCUAUGAGACUCCGCGCAGACGCGUGGGACACCGAGGCUGUGCCUUACGGAAGUGAGAUGGCCUGGGAUUCAACCGGCCAAGAGGGAAUCUAUUACUGGAGCAACUACUUCAAUCUCGCGACGACGGCAACGAAAACCAUUAACAGCAUCAUUGGGUACAUGCCCACCGUUUCCCACUGGGGCUGGAACGGAAAUGCCCGAAGAUAUUGGGACUUCAUUUAUGGGGGCAAAUUGGAACGAAUCGAGCGUAUGAUCCACCACUAUGGCUCUGGCCUCAAUGCCCUCCCACUCCUUUCCCAAUUCCGUCAAACCCCCAACGAUACUUACCUUCUACGCGUGGGAUACGGCGGUAUCACGGGCCCACUAAGUAACAUCCGACAAGAUGGAUCCAUGUAUAACGCCUUCCACUCAUUCCCUGAUACUCUUCGUGGUGACGAUUAUUCGGGAGACUACGGCCCGAACUUCCUCGGCAUGAUGAUCGGGUCUAGUGUCUACGUCGUGCACGAUCCGGACAUUGGACUCGCGACGUAUGGGGGAAACAUGGAUGUGUCGGGUAAUUCUGUCACGAUUCAUCCGCGGGAUGCUGUGCGUCGGCGUGUUUAUGUUGCACAAUUAGGCGUUUAUGUUACGAUCAGUGCGGGGCAGAUCGAGGAGGUUUCGUUCGAUACGUCUGAUCUGACCUCUUUGAAGUUGCGCGUCGUGCCUGGUCCGGCCAAGGCAUCCUCUACUGUCGUUUGGGUCGAGACACCUGGCACCACUGAUAAGUACGUUGUUUCCGGGCAGGCAGAGACGCAGAGAGGUGGAUGGGCGAUUAAGCUGGAUUCCGCUGGGGUUGAUGUGACCGUCUCCCAGGCAUAACAUAAAACUUCUUGCUGCAUCAUAUUUCGAGACCAGUACUUUUCAUGCUGUACAUGGCCUUAGUCUUGAUUUUGCAAAAUGUGUUCAUAGGCAUUCAGUCCCUCUCAGGAUCCCAAAUGUGGCAGUUGCGAUCCACAUUUCGAUCGCAGCAGGAAAUGACAGCUCUGAGCAAAGGACAUCGUAGCAAUGACAUCGCCAUUUAGCCGUACUUCCGCAAUCGAUGUAAACAUACCACUACUAGAGAAUUAUG